GUGACGUAACUUCUGGCCGUCUAUAUGCGGCUGUGUGCGGCGCUGAGAACCACAACCUCUGGAAAGAUGUAAGAGGCUCGCCGAGCUGGGCCCAGCCUCCUCACCUCGUCACUACAGCCGGUACCUCCAGGACAAGCGAAGCGGCCCCUCCGGAGGCUCGUUCGAGCGGCCAAGGCAGGCUCGCCCACAGCCGAGCAGCAGGAGGAGUAGCGGAGCGUCUGGGCUAGAGCAGCCAUCUUUAGCGACACAAUGUCCCGGGCGACGCGGCGGGCCUGGUCGGUGUCCGGCCCCGGAGGCCGGAGCCUGGCACUGCUGCUGCUGGUGCUCGCCGGGCUGCCCGGAGGCUCCGAGGCAAAGGAGUGCGAUAAGCCGUGCGUGAACGGUCAAUGCAACGCGGCUACGGGCAGCUGCGUGUGCUCCCCCGGCUGGGUCGGGGACCAGUGCCAGCACUGCGGAGGACGCUUCAGGCUAACGGCGCCCUCUGGCUUCUUGUCAGAUGGACCUGGGAACUACAAGUACAAGACCAAGUGCACGUGGCUCAUCGAGGGACAGGCUAAUUCCAUCCUUCGACUACGCUUCAACCACUUUGCCACAGAGUGCAGCUGGGACCACCUCUACGUCUAUGACGGAGACUCCAUCUACGCCCCCCUGCUGGCCGCUUUCAGCGGUCUGAUCAUUCCCGAGCGCUACGGGAACGAAACGGUGCCCGAGGUGGUGUCGCAGUCUGGUUACACUUUGCUGCACUUCUUCAGCGACGCCGCCUACAACCUGACUGGAUUCAACAUCUCAUACAGGGUGAACACAUGUCCUCACAACUGUUCCGACCGUGGAGAGUGCCGCCUGUCCAACGACACGGGAACGCCGUACUGUGACUGUCAGGAAAAGUGGAAAGGGGACGCCUGUGACGUUCCUUCCUGCCCAGACGACUGCGGAUACCCCGAGAGAGGACGCUGCAGGGACAAGACGUGCAUCUGCGGGGUGGGGUGGCAAGGUCCAGACUGCUCCGUCUCCAUCCCCGCCGACUCGGCCUUCUGGAGCCGCGAUGCGUUCAGCGAUGCCGGCCUGGCCAGGGCAUCCCACAAGGCGGUGGUGGACCAGGACGUCAUGUGGGUCAUCGGAGGCUACGUCUUCAACGCCUCCGACUACCACAUGGUCAAAGCGUAUAACCUAAGCAGCAGGUCCUGGGUGACCCUUGACCCCUCUGUCAACACUGUCACACCUCGAUAUGGACACUCUUUGGCUCUUCAUGAGGGUAAAGUCUACAUGUACGGAGGAAAAAUCGACUCCACUGGAAACGUGUCCAGCCAGCUGUGGGUCUUCCACAUCCAGAACCAAACGUGGGUUCUGCUGAGCCCCCACAGCAAGGAGCAGUACGCCGUGGUGGGACACUCGGCCCAUGUGGUGCCCCCCCUGCAAGAGGGGGGCGCCCCCGUGAUGUUGGUGCUGUUUGGACACUGUCCUCUGUAUGGGUACAUGAGCCUGGUGCAAGAGUACAACAUCAACAAGAACACGUGGAGUGUGGUGUCCACGGAGGGCGCUCUGAUCCAGGGGGGCUACGGCCACAGCAGCGUGUUGGACACAUCCACCAGGGCCAUCUACAUCCACGGAGGCUACAAAGCCUUCAGCGCCAACAAGUACGGCCUGGCAGGAGACCUCUACAAGCUGGACGUGGACACCAGGAAGUGGACCAUCUUGAGGGACAGUGGCUUCUUCCGUUACCUUCACACGGCCGUUAUGGUGAGCGGCGGCACCAUGCUGGUGUUUGGAGGGAACACACACAACGACACUUCCAUGAGUCAUGGUGCCAAGUGCUUCUCCUCUGACUUUCUGGCCUACAGCCUGGCGUGUGAUGAAUGGACGCUGCUGCCCCGGCCCGAACUUUACCACGAUGUCAACCGCUUCGGACACUCGGCGGUUGUAAGUGACAGUGUGAUGUACGUCUUCGGAGGGUUCAACAGUCUCCUCCUCAGCGACGUCCUUGUGUACACGUCUCCCCGCUGCGCUGCCUUCCCUAGCCCCGCCUCAUGCAGCCAGGCAUGGCCUGGCAUCCAUUGCGUGUGGAACAGCACGCUGGCUUCAUGUUUGCCGUGGGAGGGCAACGCCGUCUCCAGCUCCGCCGUGGACCAGCAGCAGCAGGCGCCGAGCUGCAACACCAGAUCUUAUGCGGAUAACGAGCGCUGUGACCAGUACACAGACUGCUACAGCUGCACCGCCAACACCAACGGCUGCCAGUGGUGCUCCAUCCAGUGCGUCUCGCUGGGCAGCAACUGCACCUCCACCUCGGGUCCCAUCGUGGACUACGAUGCCUGCCCCAAGGACAACCCGUCGUACGUGUGCAACAAGAAGACCAGCUGCAAGAGCUGUGCCGUAGACCAGAACUGCCAGUGGGAGCCCCGCAACCAGGAGUGCAUCUCGCUGCCAGACAACGUGUGCGGCGAGAGCUGGCACCUGGUGGGCAACUCCUGCUUGAAGUUCAUCACAGCCAAGGACUCCUACGACAACGCCAAGCUGGCCUGCCGCAGCCACAACGCCGUGCUGGCCUCGCUCACCACGCAGAAGAAGGUGGACUUUGUUCUCAAAGAGCUGCAGAUCAUGAGUGUGGUGUACAAGGCCUCUGUGACUCCCUGGGUGGGCCUCCGGAAGAUCAACGUGUCUUACUGGUGCUGGGAGGACAUGUCCCCGUUCACCAACACGUCCCUCCAGUGGCUGCCCGGUGAGCCCAGUGACGCCGGUUUCUGCGGCUACCUGGCUGAACCCGCUUCUAGCGGCCUGAAGGCGCAGACAUGCAUCAGCCCAGUCAACGGCAGCCUGUGUGAGCGUCCAGCCAACCACAGCGCCAAGCAGUGCCGGACGCCGUGCGCCAUGCGCGCCACCUGCAGCGAGUGCACCAGCAGCAGCUCGGAGUGCAUGUGGUGCAGCAACAUGAAGCAGUGCGUGGACUCCAACGCCUACGUGGCCUCCUUCCCCUUCGGCCAGUGCAUGGAGUGGUACACCAUGAGCACCUGUCCACCUGAGAACUGUUCGGGCUACAGAACAUGCGGUCAGUGUUUGGACCAGCCGGGCUGCGGAUGGUGCACUGACUCCAGCAACACGGGCAAAGGUCAGUGCAUCGAGGGCUCGUACCGCGGUCCCUUCCAAACCUCGGUCCCGGCGCCGUCAACUUUGCCCGGCCUGCCCGCUGACCCCCCGCCAGCUCUCAACGCCAGCAUGUGUCCCGGCGAGGCCCGCUAUAACUGGUCUUUCAUCCACUGUCCAGCUUGUCAGUGUAACGGCCACAGCCGCUGCGUCAACCAGAGCAUGUGCGAGAAGUGCGAGGACCUCACCACAGGCCGCCACUGCGAGAGCUGCAUCUCGGGUUUCUACGGCGACCCCACAAACGGCGGAAGCUGCCAGCCAUGCAAGUGUAACGGCCACGCCAGCAUGUGUAACCCCAACAAUGGCAAAUGUUUCUGCACCACCAAAGGCAUCAAAGGAGACCGCUGCCACCUGUGUGAAGUGGAGACUCGUUACCAAGGCAACCCUCUCAAAGGCACCUGCUACUACACUCUGCUCAUCGACUACCAGUUCACCUUCAGCCUGUCGCAGGAGGACGACCGCUACUUCACUGCCAUCAACUUUGUGGCCACGCCUGAGGAGCCAAACCGAGAUUUAGACAUGUUCAUAAACGCAUCCAAGAACUUCAACCUGAACAUCACCUGGGCCACCAGCUUCACAGCGGGGACGCAGACGGGCGAGGAGAUCCCCAUCGUGUCGCGCAGCAACAUCAAGGAAUUCAAAGACAGCUUCUCCAACGAGAACUUUGACUUCCGGAACAGCCCCAACAUCACCUUCUUUGUCUACGUCAGCAACUUCACUUGGCCCAUCAAGAUUCAAAUCGCCUUCUCCCAGCACAGUAACUUCAUGGACCUGGUCCAGUUCUUUGUCACCUUCUUCAGCUGCUUCCUGUCUCUGCUGCUUGUGGCUGCAGUCGUCUGGAAGAUCAAACAGAGCUGCUGGGCGUCACGGCGACGAGAGCAACUGCUGAGGGAGAUGCAGCAGAUGGCCAGCCGGCCUUUCGCCACCAUCAAUGUUGCCUUGGAGACAGACGAGGAACCACCUGACCUGAUAGGAGGGAACGUCAAGUCUGUCCCCAAGCCCAUCGCCUUGGAGCCUUGCUUUGGCAACAAAGCCGCCGUGCUCUCCAUCUUUGUGCGUCUGCCGCGGGGCAGCGGGGGCAUCCCGCCCCCAGGCCAGUCUGGUCUGGCGGUGGCGAGCGCGCUGGUGGACGUGUCUCAGCAGAUGUGUGUGGGCUACAAGGAGAAGUCGGGAGCGUUGAGGAACCGCAAACAGCAACCCAGCGCCCAACCGUCCACAUGUAUCUGACUCUGCCUCCCUGACCACGCCCACUACCCCCUCCCGCCAUCCUUCAGGAAGAGGUGCAUGCUGGGAUGCUUUGACUAGAAAAACGGGGAGCGUGUCCUUGAUGGAUGAGCUCAUGAGGGAGCGCUUGCUCCGCCCCCUCAAAGUGAAUGACAGACACUACAAGGCUUGAGCCCCCUCCCCCAAAAGAACCAUUUUAACCGUCUUGUUGAGGCGGUUUGCUGCUAGAAGAGAUCUCAUCUCAUCAACAUCUUUUUUUUCCUCAUUUUAUCUUUGUUUUGUCUUGUUUGCUUUGUAGGCCAGAACUUUUUACAUACCUCUGAGUAACGGCCCCCAGUCCAUAUUGAGGCCCCCGUGCCGCAUGUUGGGUACCACAGGAUCUAUCUAGAUGGCAAGUUUGCUGCCUAAAUUGCCCCGUCAUCUUCUUGUGUCCUCCAUGUGGACAUCUUGAGGACAUGCAUGAUUCCCGCUUAGAGACUGCUAGCGGCUAUCCCGCGUGAGGGGCCGGGUUAAAGUUCCAGGGUCUUUUUUUUUUUUUUUUUUUUUUUUUUAGGGAAAGGUUUUUGUGAAAUCGCCUCAGAAAGCUGCUGGAACUGGAAUAACAAGGAACCACCGCUCUUCCUUCGCAACUUGAUUUGACCGCUGUGAACAUCGGUGGGUUUAAAUCAUUUAGAAAAACUGCAUUUUACACUAAAAGCUCAGAGACAUCGACGUUGGAUAACCAAGCUUUUAUAUUUAUUUGUGUGUUUUCCAACAUUUUCCAUCUUUUCUCCAGCUACAACCAUCGCUCGCACUGCUAGCUGGCCUUCGAAGCUAGCUUGUUUUCUUGAAAACAAAACUUGUAGUCAAGUUAACUUUUAAGAACAAAGCAUCGCUGUUUGUGUGUGUGUGUGUGUGUGUGUGUGUGUGUGUGUGUACAUACUUAGCCAGCUUUUGUUUUUAGCAGCAACGACCAUAAGGAGCUUUCUUAUCCCAGAGUUUCUUGUUUAUCCAUUUAGUCCACCGCUUAACUCUUUGAACAUUGGUUGUUUUUAGUUGUUAAAAGAAACAUUGGAUUGGAUUAUCUUAGGGUUUUAUCUAUAUUAUCAUGUUCACCACCAGCAUUUUACAGCUACAAGCAUCAUUGUUCACCGCUAGCUGCUUUUUCUUGUCUCAUAAGAGUGAAAACACUGAACAAGUUGUUGUCAAUUGAAACCAGGAUUUUUUUACCAGGAUGACAUGUUUGAACACACCCUAAGAAACUAGCUAGUUUAUUGUUCAACAAUUCCGGGAGUUUCUUCUUUAUCUACUUUGUCCACCAGAUAACUCUUGAAUGUUUGUAGUUUUUAUUUUGAAUAUUAUUAUUAUUAUUUUGCAGCUACAACCUCUUCAUUAACAGCUGCCUUGAAUAAGCAGCUAGCUUGUUUUUCAAGGCUUCGUCUUUAGCCUCCACAGUCGGCUUCAUUGCUGAGGCGAGGGAAGCUAGCCCGGCUCUGCUCUCCUUCAGGAUAGCGUUGGUCGUCUUUUCUGUUGUUUGGACUAAAUCAAGACACUAUUAUGUGGAGACAUUAACUUGUGACCCCCUGCAGAAGCAGUGAAUGGGAAAGAAAAUCCUAAAAAUACUAAUAGUAAUAAUGGGAUUGUGGUGUAAAGGCCUCUGUCAUGGCUAAGGUCGUACUUUAAGCAUAGUGGAAAGGUUAGAAGAAAAUUGUAAUUCUAGAAAGAAACAACUGAUUUAAUUCUUUAUGAUCAGUCUUGAUAUACAGUGGUGUGAAGAAGUGUUUGCCCCCAUCCUGAUUUUUUUUUUGCAUGUUUGUCACACUUAAACAUUUCAUAUCAUCAAACAAAUGUAAAUAUUAGUCAAUGACAACACAACUGAACACAAAGUGCAGUUUUUAAAUGAAGCUUUUUAUUAUUAAGGGAGGAAAAAAUCCAAAGCUACAUGGCCCUGUGUGAAAAAGUGAUUGCCCCCUAAACCUAAUACCUGGUUGGGCCACCCUUAGCAGCAACAACUGCAAUCAAGCAUUUGUGAUAACUUGCAAUGAGUCUCUUACAGCGCUGUGGAGGAAUUUUGGCCCACUCAUCUUUGCAGAAUUGUUGUCAUUCAGCCACAUUGGAGGGUUUUCCAGCAUGAAGCGCCUUUUUAAGGUCAUGCCACAGCAUCUCAAUAGGAUUCAGGUCAGGACUUUGACUAGGCCACUCCAAAGUCUUCAUUUGGCUUUUCUUCAGCCAUUCAGAGGUGGACUUGCUGGUGUGUUUUGGAUCAUUGUCCUGCUGCAGAAGCCAAGUUGGUUUCAGCUUGAGGUCACCAACAGAUGGACAUUCUCCUUCAUGAUGAUGAUCAUGAAAUUAUGUCCUUCAUUUCAUGAUUCCAUUUAUCACAGCAAGUCUUCCAAGGUCUGAAGCAGAAAAACAGCCCCAGACCAUCACACUACCACCACCAUAUUUUACUGACCUUGACUGAGGCAAGUGAGGCCUGCAGUUCUUUGGAUGUUGUUGUGGGGUCUUUUGUGAACUCUUGGAUGAGUCGUCGCUGCACUUUUGGGGUCAUUUUGGUUGGGUGGCCACUCCUGGGAAGGUUCACCACUGUUCCAUGUUUUCACCAUUUAUACAUAAUGGCUCUCACUGUGGUUUGCUGGAGUCGCAACGCUUUAGAAAUGGCUUUAUCACCUUUUCCACUUGAACCCAGGUGUGAUAAACCACAGUUAUUUAUUUUUUAAGGGGGGGGGGGCGUUAGGUCAAUUAAAAACGGCAUUUUGUGUUCAGUUGUCAUUGACUAAUAACUAUUUAAACUUGUUUGAUGAUCUGAAGUAUUUAAAUGUGACAUGCAAAAUAAUAAAAAAUCAGGAGGGGGGCAAACAUUUUUUCACAAUACUUUUACUAUAUAUAUAUGUGUUUUCCAACAGACGUCUCUAGCUAUACUACAUCUCAUAGAAAAAAAAUACCCACCCCCCCACGUGUCGCUUCAUCUGCAGUCACUUUGGGAGCGCUUUGAGGUGUUAUUUCUUUCUGAUCCACAAAACCUCCUCAGUGAGCAAAAGUGGGUAUUUUGGGAUGAAAGUCCUCCAUUGAUGUUGGUCGUCAUGCUGCUGGCUGCUAAAAACAACAUCGUCAGGAUGCAGACGGUACCAGAACAAGUUUGUCCAAACUUUUCCCAUCAAAGGCCGCAUACAGAAAAAGGAAAUCAUUUUCUAUUUUUUAAUCUUCUCGUAAUGAAAUGCAAAUAUCAAUCCAGAACACAGCAGUUUCGUUCCACUGUCCACAGAACACACGCAGGACAUAUCAAAUACAGUAGUACAAGGCCUCAUGUGCAAGAAUGAAAUGAAACAGUCCCAUGUUGUCUUGCUCACUGGAUAGGAUGCUGCUUAGUUAUCACUGCUUAGUUAUCACUGUCCAUUUCUUAGGAGCAGAUGAUCCUUUUAUAAGUUCUAAGAUACCACCUUUAUUCUUCAUGGUGGUUGUGGUGUUUGAGCAGCUUGGACCGGGCAUGCAGCCAACGUUGGUCAGUGUUUCUCUUGUGUUUAAUUUAACUUCACUUUUCACUUUCAUUUUCUUGACACAUCAGCGUCAGAAGAGUCACACUCGGGAGACACAGUGAAGGGGGGGGGGAAGUUAACAAAAAACAAAUGUGACGCACUUCCAUCUGAUUAGGUUACCUUCACUCGUUGUGUAGUCAGCCAUGACAUGUCCAACAUGAUAGAGUGAAAGGUUCUCCUCCCAUUCCGUGUGGAAGUGGUACAUUUUUGCUUCUUUCUUUGGCUUUCUUCCCCACUCCAUUUGAAACAUUUAAGUUUAGAAUAAAUACAUUUGAGGCUAGCUUGUUAGCUCGGUAGCAUGCUAUGUUUAAAGCGGCAGCCAUCUCUUGUGUCACUUCAGUGAUCCCGUAGCCUGUGCAUUACAGUUGAGCAAUGUGAUGUAAACGAAGAAUAGUGUGAAGGUGACUAUAGGGGUGUUAUUUUACGUCUACAGGGCUCUAGUAAUGUUUUUCUAUGCGCUUAACUACGGAAAUAGUCCAUUUAUUAAUAUUGAAUCCUACUUUGUGGGGAAUUCACUGAUUGCGAUCGGGUCUGGGACCAAUUAAUCGCGAUAAUUGAGGGACGACUGCCGUUCUUGUUUUCUUUUCGUACACUAUUAAUCAUUUAUUGGAGUACGUCGUAACCGUGAAACGUAAAAGGAGUACCGCCUAGAGUUUAAUAGCAAACAAAAAGCCUCCACCUUUGCUUUGUCUUAUUUAUGUUAGCGUGAUCAUCGGUUAACAUUCGACAUUUCGAAUUUUUUCUCACAUCUUGUCACCUUUUCAUAUGAAAUUAUUUUGUGGCUUUAAUGUGUAAUCAUUGCAAUAUCCGGAUGCGUGCCGUGUUUCCUUCGGUUUUGGCCCAAUAACAAUAAAACCAUUUGGACGUCUUUGUUCUAGAACUAAGUGCUGUCUCAGGCAAAGCCGUUGGGGUGAAUCAUUUUGCCGCCAAAAAGUUUGGAAAGAAGCUAAAAGGUCAAUGUUUGUUUCCUCUCGUAGAAUAAGGAUUGUUUUUGCACACGCAUGGCGGAACAGAACAGGAGGAGAAAAAGGCAUCUUUAAUUCAUGUCAGUUGACCUUUCGUUAAGACACAACCCGGAAACACAACACAACGGUACACAACACAACAGCACCUUCCGAGGAAAUAAGGCUUAACCAAAGGUCAACUGAUGCUCUUUGAACCCGCGCUAAGUUUUAUAAGACCACACGACGACGCUUCAAGUAGUCACUGGGAGAUCACCUCUGUUUGGGCUUUUAUUUUGCAGUGGUCUCAAAGGUGCUGUGCGGGCACUUCCUGUUUACCUUCAAGGCAUUUCUUUGUGUUGUUUACAUCUGUGGUUAAUUUUUUUUUUUUUUAAAUGUCUCGUUUAUGUAUCAUUAUUUUUUUAUUUACUUUGUUCAAUCCCUGCUGAUGCAAACUCAACCAUUUUGUUUCGUUUUCAUCUGGACUUUUGUUGUGAAAGUCAGAGGAAACGUGCUAGCUAAAACGCCGGGACUUGACAUGCUGUUCUCUUUUGAAAAGAAGCCCUGCGUGGCUGUCGGUGGACUUGAACGUGAAACAUUCAGACGGUCGAGCCCCCAAUUUGAAUGUUUCUAGCUUUCCCUGAGGAUGUUGGAGGUUUGACCUUUGACCUUUUAAUGUGAUGCUCUGUGUUGACAGUGUCGGCCAUCUUGGCCUCCAACCUGCUGAACAAAAAGGCCUCAAACUUUUUUAAUUUUUUUUUUUUGACAGUGGCCUUGUGAUGAAGUGUACAGCUAAUAACGUAACCUGUAUAACGUCCAUAUGACGCCACAUUUAUGCUAAAAACACACACGUAUAUACAUAUAUAUGUAUAUAUGUAGUGUAUAUAUAUAUAUAUAUAUAUAUAUAUAUAUAUAUAUAUAUAUAUACACACACACAAACACACUCAUCAGAAUAGGUCAUUGUCAAGCAAGCAUCACCCCCCCCCGCCUCCCAUUUUCCCUCCAUCUAGCGGCAUUAAAUGUGCGUGAGGAUGUAGUUUGAUAUGUAUAAUUUAGGAGACUUGGUGUAAAUAAUUCUGAAUGACAUUUUCUUGAAUGGUUUUAAAAAGUUAGUAAUUUAUGCGGCUUUAAAACAAAACAAGUUGACUUGCAUUUCAUGAGCAUCUUUUGUAUGUAAAGAAGCAAAUAUAAAACUUCAAUAGAACCUUGUAAUUUACUGAUGUACAUAUAAAAAACCUACAUGACACAUUUUGGACUGAUUCAAUGUGAACAUUAAAAAUAGAAAUGUUCUCUUUGUCUCUGCUUUUUUCACAAAAGUUGAUAUUGAUGCUUGGAGUCUUGGAGAAGAUGCUUUUGUCCGUCCAAUUGCUGGUUGCCGUCGGCACGAGCUCAAGCGUUUGGGGGGGUCAAACAAACAUAGUCGUAGCGAGAGCCCGAGUGAAAGCAGAGUGAAUGACAUGCAUGCGUAUGGCUGCCCUCGUAUGUGGAAAAUAGUUCAUGAGGAUAAAAGUUCCUACAGAGUUCCUAAGAUAGUCCAUCAUAGAGGGGAAAAGGCACAGCUGAACCUGUCGCUCUUGUCCACAGGAGACUAGUAUGAACACGUUGGAGUUUGCAGGAAACAACAACAAGCAAAAUUGAUCGAAAAGCCCAAAUUAAAAUAUUGUUAGAACUCCAAAAUGCUCAUGAACAUGGGAAAUGACGAAGAAAUAAGUGCCUCAUAUGCUUUACAGUAUAUGACUGCAAACAACACUUCAGCAACAAAGCAAAUGAAGACUUUAAAAUGUCGAUUAAAAUCAACUCAUCACAAAAAUGGAGGCAAAGCAUUUGCUUGCCGUCUACGAAAUCUAAACUGAUGCAAAACACGGCUAGACAACAGGGAAGCAAGUGAAAAAUGGAAACAUUGAGGCACAACAUUAACUUCACAGCAUUAGCUGCAGACACCAAAUUAUAGAUGACAGCAACAUUUGAGAAGAACAAUACGGAAAAAGUCCUAAGUGAAUUGCUUGACAGCGCACUCUGAUAAAUAAAGAUGGCACGCAUCUGUCAAAUAGGGUAGUUACCCGUCAGCGGUGGCUGUUCAUUGACUUGAAGGGAAGCCAAGCUUCGCCUUUACAUUUCAUAGAAUAAUUGGCCAAAUCUGUGUUGUGAAAGUUAAAUGUGUCGACGUAAAACUGCGUCAAAAAGGCGCUAGAAUGCGCUCAGUUUUGUCAGAAUGCUGAACAUGAAUCUGCAGCCGAGUGACUUUGCUGUCUUGACGCGACCUCUUCCCAGACCUCUUCCCUCUACAUCCAUGGAAGCUCACAGCGAAAAAGUAAGACCCUGAUGGGAUAAAUGGCGAAAAACGUCACUUUCUAGGGAAGCUGAGCUUCACUGGGGGGUCUACUGUAUGGAGCGGGGCGGUCCUUGAUUUGGACUGGUAGCAGCCAGAGGAGUGAGCACAGCAGUUUCCCCCUCCUUCUCCCCGCUCCGUCUCCUCCAAACCCUCCAGCUAGCUUGGCAUUGAUAUUCUCCGAUUUUGGAUCUAUAUUCAUCAACAUGUCCAUGGACACGUCCUGGGGGAGGACGGCUAUUUUCCCACCAAAACAUGGCCAAACAAUGGCUUAGCUCGUCUGUGUAGGCUCUCAGUCGUACAGGAGUUGUCCAUCGAGGAAAAGGCUUC